GCAACAUAUUUCGGCACGCCCACUCGCGGCUGCUGCAAGUUUAAUUCUUGUAUGGCCGCUUGUUUUGCCUCACUACAGCAGCGGAGUAGGCGGUGCCUGUCGUUUGAAGCCAAAUGACACGCUGCCGCCCAACGGAGCCAUCCGUUUAGUAAAUCUAACGCAACUCUUGCACGCGCAUUUACGCUGACUGCUGAGACCAAAUCCCCGCUCGCGCACGAAAUCCAUUUACGCUCUAGUAGUAGAGAGGGCCCAGUUGCUGCGCCCCGUCAGCCACACAGUCCGCACGAUUAAAGCCUCAGACGGCCGUUAAAGAGCAGCUGAAAGCGGCGGCGGGGCCUAGUGACACUCCCUGAUAGUCUCGGAGCGGUUUGGAGAGGAAGAAUGGCGGAUACGAGCAGCACUGCGGCGGUCGCGGCCGAAGCUUCCGACAGCGCCGCUGUCGCUGCUGCUGCUGCGCCUGUUGCGCCCGAUGCACCGCCCGUUGCUCCGGUGCCCAGGACUCCAGCCGAGUCCGUGAAAGGACAGAUUUUUGACGUGGGCCCCCGCUACACGAACCUGUCGUACAUCGGGGAGGGUGCUUACGGAAUGGUGUGCUCUGCUCUGGACAACUUGACAAACCAGCGCGUAGCCAUCAAGAAAAUCAGCCCAUUCGAGCACCAGACGUACUGCCAGCGCACGCUGAGGGAAAUCAAGAUCCUGCUGCGUUUCCACCAUGAGAACAUCAUCGGCAUCAACGACAUCAUCAGGGCACAGCAGCUCGACAACAUGAGGGAUGUCUACAUUGUGCAGACCCUGAUGGAGACCGACCUGUACAAGCUGCUGAAGAGCCAAAGGCUAAGCAACGACCACGUCUGCUACUUCCUCUACCAGAUCCUGCGAGGCCUCAAGUACAUUCACUCCGCCAACGUGCUGCACCGGGAUCUCAAGCCCUCCAACCUGCUCAUCAACACCACCUGCGACCUCAAGAUCUGUGACUUUGGCCUGGCGCGGAUAGCCGACCCAGAGCACGACCACACUGGUUUUUUGACUGAGUAUGUGGCUACUCGUUGGUACAGGGCUCCAGAAAUCAUGCUCAACUCCAAGGGCUACUCAAAGUCCAUUGACAUCUGGUCGGUGGGCUGCAUCCUGGCUGAGAUGUUGUCCAACAAACCCAUCUUCCCUGGGAAACACUACUUGGACCAACUCAACCACAUACUGGGCAUUCUUGGCUCUCCAUCUCAAGAAGAUCUGAACUGCAUCAUUAACUUGAAGGCGAGGAACUACUUGCAGUCCCUGCCUGAAAAACCCAAGAUCCCGUGGGAAAAGCUGUUCUACAAGGCAGACCCUAAAGCUCUCGAUCUGCUGGGCCGCAUGUUGACCUUUAACCCCAUCAAGCGCAUCACCGUCGAGGAGGCCCUGGCUCACCCUUACCUGGAGCAGUACUACGAUCCUUCAGAUGAGCCUGUAGCAGAGGAGCCCUUCACUUUCACCAUGGAACUGGACGACCUUCCCAAAGAGAGGCUGAAGGAGCUGAUCUUUGAGGAAACGGCCCGUUUCCAGGACAACUACCAGCCGCCGGUUCGCUCCUGAGACAAAGUCCUGAGGAGUGACAAAGAAGCGCAGAGGCUCGGAACAACUUGCUAAAAAUAAAAGAAAAAUGCAUCAUCAAGAAACCAACAAAAAGAUAAAACCAAGAAAUACAAGCAUUAAAUUGCUAAUCUUUCCAUUUCUACUGCAAAGAGAGAGCUAAGUUUAAAUUUGAUUUCUGUGCUUGGGUGGGAUGGUAGGGUCUGUCGUACUGUUUAAGUUCUUUUUUUCAUCAUCUCUCGUUUUUCUUUCUUUCUCCAUUUUUAUGCCUCAUCUACAGCAACACGGUGUCCCUUUCCACUCCUCAUCAAACCUUUUCUUUCAUGUCGCUAACCUGUCUGAGCUUCUCCUGUUUCUCCUCUUUGUGUAGCCUUCUCUCAUGUAUACACACGUACUACUGUAUUAACCAACACCAUAACUUUCUUGUCAUGAUCCAUGUAAAUUACGACCUUGUAAAACUGAGGGCUAAAAGAACGGGGUAUGUUAAAUCGGGUGUGUAUGUACAUACAAAAAAACUUGUUUUUUGUUUUUUUUUUAAAUUGUGCUUGUUGCAGUUUUUGUUUGUACAACAUUGUUUAAGAGUUUUUUUUCUUUCUGAACACUUGAUUUUGAAACAAACCAUUCAAUGUUUUUACUGGCAUGUUGGCAGGAUUUCUUUUGUUAUCGGUCUUUUUCUUAUAAAAGUGUAUGAUGUUCAUAUGAAUGCAUGCAUUCCUGAAAACUUACCAAAGUGGCCGAGAGAUGCAAGGGACUUGGCUGGCGAGCAACAUGGGAAUGAUAAAAGAGCAGGCAGACUUUUCCCUCCUUCUUAUAUGUGGACAGUCGGCUGUAUCCAGGAGGCCGUGCAUGACUUGGGCUAAAAGCAUAAAAAUAGUUUCUCUUAGUAUGUGUUUGUGCAGUCAUAGCGUUCAUACUAACGCCCAUGGUGCUUUGUGCUGGGUCAAAAACGCCCAAAUUAUCGCCACUCUAGGAGAACUGCACAUAAACCAUCAGCCUAACUGAGUUGAAACGUUUUCCUUUAUUAAAUGUAAAACGGUGGGGUCGCUGAACCCGCUCUCAAUCUUAUUUUCUGUAACCAUUUUGGUGAACACGCAUCCUAGAAAAUGGGUUCUGGUUUUGUUUGACCCAGGGUGCCUGUCAUUGAGGCCUAACUCAAUUCUAGCCACCCGUUAAUACAGAGUGGGAUCUCCUCACCUUAAGCCACUGGGGAGACGAGAGCAAGCUCAUUAAAAUUCUUACUAGUAAACUAGUAAAACCUGCUUUUGGUUAAUGUGAGAGCUGAUUGCACGUGGCAAUGAAUAUCUCGUUUUUGGGUUUCUGUUUUUUACGACCCCUGUUGAAACCAAUUAAUCAUAAGUAAAAUGGUCAAACCUGGGUAUGUCGGCUCAGCGCACAGCCAAGCACCCAUCAUCGCUCUAUGGUUGUGCUGUAUAUAUUAUAUUUCCAGUUACUCCUUACUGGGUUGUUUUUUGUUUUUUUGUUUUUUUUUGUGUGUG